CAUGCUUGUCUGAAGAUGCCAGUGUAGACGCCACUGACCUUAAGUUCUUGAAGCAUCGAUCCUCCUUCCUAUUUUCCCCGUCCACGCACUGACAGCCGUCUGAUGCAAUUUUCGUUGCUUUUUCCACUUUCAGAGUACGGGGGCGUAAUAUAAGAGAAAUACCAUGGACCGCUUGACCACCAUUAUCAGUCGCGGCCUGGGGUCUUUGCUGCGAGUUUUCUCUGACGGUUUUACCGGCAUAAUCUCAAUUCCGCACUCUCUGCUGACUUUUGCUCGAAGCAAGAAGAAUAUGGCGGAUGUACAGGAAGCAUCGGGUAAGGCUGAAUCUAAGCCAGCCCUGCCCGACUUUUAUACCGAUCCGAACGCCGUUCUGAACGACGACUCGUCCAUCUGGAGGUUUGGCAAGAAGCCGGACUAUACGAAGACACGAAAGGUUUAUGAAGAGACAAAACGAUGCAACCACGCUGCAGGGUCUCUGCCGGACCUAGUCGAGAAUCUGGUGAAGAAUUGGGAAAUAGAGGCUUCGUUCAAAACACGGCUCGAGGACUGGCGUACAAUCAAUCAGGAGCGAUAUUCGUUUUCGAUGAACGGCAAGCAGCGCUCCUCGGUAGACUACAUGUUGAAGCAGGGCACGUACAAUGCCAUUUUACCACCAAGCGAGUACUACUCACCGGAGCAUAAUGAUUUUUCCGUCAGCCACAAGACGUUCAAGCGGAUGAUGCCUACGUUUGCCUGGGAAGUCUUGGAAGUGUACAGUGGGCCACCCAAGGUGGCAUUCCGCUGGCGUCAUUGGGGAUGGAUGAAGAAUGAUUAUAUCGCUUUCAACUGUAACGGAGAAAAGGUGAUGGCAAAGGCACACGACGGAAUUAUCGACAUCGAGGGUGUGACCGUCGCCGAUCUUGACGGAGACAUGAAGAUCGUGCAUCUGGAAACGUGGUUUGACCCAAUGUCGAUGUUUAGUCAGGUUGCACCUAACGGCGUGACCAAGGCCUCGCAGCCUGAAUCUCACAGCAGCGCAGAGCUUGGUCCUGAGGAGGAUUCGGUCAAGAGGGAGAGUGGCAUGCACCCGGAGAAUCCCAAAUUGGACGCAUCUGCUGACAACGCCACCACAGCGACAAACGCGAGCGUAGUUUCGAACGAGAUAAGGCCGAACAUGGACCGUCGAUCAGUCAGUUCUGCGGCAGCAGACAUGCCACAUGGAGAGAUGAGUUCAGAAGGAGAAGGCUGCCCAUUUGCGAGAUCAUCGUAGAGUGGCGGCCAAGAGGAGUGUGGUCGAGUGAUUCAUCAUGAGAAAGCAAGGGCUGGUUAAGCUACGUUCACACCUUUCGCGACCUGUACGUUCCCCUCAGGGAGUAGUCCAUCUAGACCGGAAAAAGAUGCCAGUGAGUGCCCGAAUUGGAUAGGAAUAAGGUUCACAGAGCAAGAAAAAAAGAAAAAAAAAUUCACGAAGUAUUGCUUUGCAACCCUUUCAAAGAAGGCUGUCGUGCACGCCUCAC